UCUUCAACCGGAAGCGGCCAACCACAGUUUGCGGUUGCAACUUGCGAUGGCCUCAAACCUCGAGCAGGAGGUAUCCCAGUUGUUCUCCUAUUUGGACACACAAAAGGACACCAACCCUCCAAACCCGGCCUUCGCCGUCACAGAUGUCGAUCAACUUCUCGAGGAGCGACCACCACCCAGACCUCCCUUACCCGAACAAUACCAACCGUCUGCGACCGUUGUAGCUGUCAGUCAACAGCCACAACGCGCACAGCCCGUGGAAGGCUUCACGGCGCCCACAGAGUCAACAGGAAGCGAGUCUGUGGAGGAGGAAGUUGAUAAGCUGACCGACAUUCUGAUGAAGAACCUCGAGUUUGCGGGAGAAAAGGAUUUCUAUGGUAUUUGUCGUAAGUGUGAUGACAAGGUGAUUGGUGCGGAGAAUGGGUGUCAUGCAAUGAGUAAACUGUAUCAUCGGACAUGCUUUAUAUGCAAUGUGUGCAAACAAGAAUUGGUCAAUCUACCUUUCUACAGCCUGGAUAAUAACCCUCUGUGUGAAAACGACUACAUUGCAUCACUAGAGAAGUGUGUCACAUGUGGCGACCCGAUCAGAGAGAUGAUAUUGAAAGCUCUGAACAAAGUGUUCCAUCCCAAGUGCUUUACAUGCACGGUGUGUAACAUGGGUCUGGAUGGAGUUCCCUUCACUGUUGAUACAAGCAAUCAAGUUUAUUGCUUAAAUGACUUCCACAAUAAGUUUGCUCCAAGGUGUUCCGCAUGUGGUGAACCCAUAGUACCAGACAAGGGCUCUGAAGAGACUGUUCGAGUGAUUGCUUUGGAUCGAAGUUUUCAUGUUAAUUGCUACAAGUGUGAGGAUUGUGGCAAAUUGUUAAGCUCCGAGGAGGCAGGCCGAGGAUGCUAUCCUAUUGACAACCAUCUCUAUUGCCUUGAAUGCAACCGUAAACGACUACAGUCACAGCAAGAACCACCAGUCACAGACGUGUGACAUAUAGCACGACAUCAUUUAGUAUUAGUGAUAUUUCUUUCAAUUUGAGGGACAGCAGACGAUUGACUUACAAUUUAGAGUUUGAUCUUUGGUAUGACAGAAUAGUCUUCGUUACUUUGCGUUCUCAAUUUGCUGUUAUAAGGAUACAGUUGCUCACAUUGUUGGAUAACGCUCAAAUGAACGGCUGUAUUUCAGUAUAUGAUGAGUGAGUUCAUGGUGCUCAAAGAAAUCUAUCUAAAAAUCUCUUACAA